AUGGGGGCCCCUGAAAAGACAGCCCCACAGCUUCCAGGAAUGGAGUACCAGGAUGCAAUCUGCACCCUUGACACACUUAAAUCACAUGCCAGCUUCUGCGAGCAGUGGCAGCGAGAAGGUCGGAACCCUGAAUUUCCCCUCGUGUCUAUGCGGAGCUUCUUGGAGCGAGCUGGCCUUGUGGUGGAAGAUCUUGACAAUCUCAAUAUCAUUCAUGUGACUGGGACAAAGGGCAAGGGGUCAACAUGUGCUUUCACAGAGCAAAUUCUCAGAAGCUACGGGUUUCGAACAGGAUUUUUAAGUUCACCACACUUGGUUGAAGUAAGGGAGAGGAUUCGCAUCAAUGGACAGCCAAUUGGAAAAGAUCUUUUCACAAAGUAUUUCUGGCAGAUUUAUGGAAGACUGGAUGAAACAAAGGAAGCACACAGUGGCAGCAUGCCCAAUUACUUCCAAUUCCUCACCCUUCUGGGCUUCCAUAGCUUCCUGCAGGAGAAGGUGGAUUUGGCGGUAGUUGAAGUGGGAAUCGGCGGCGCCUAUGAUUCCACCAACAUUUCUAAGAAACCAUGGGUGUGUGGCGUCGCAUCUCUCGGCAUCGACCACACUCAAAUUCUCGGGGACACCAUCCAGGAGAUUGCUUGGCAUAAAGGAGGAAUCUUUAAGCCAGAGGUUCCUGCCUUCACGGUCAAGCAGCCUGAAGGCUCCAUGGCUGUCCUGAAACAGAGAGCCUCAGAGAUAGAGUGUCCCCUGUGGGUCUGUCCAGAGCUGGAGGACUACCAGACGGACUGUGGACCUCUGCAGCUGGGCCUGGCCGGACAGCAUCAGCGCUCCAACGCCUCCCUGGCCCUGCAGCUGAGUCACACCUGGCUGCAGAGGAGGCGUCUGCAAGACCAGAACUUUCCCUCCACCACUCUGGAGGGUCCAGGGGUCCCUCUGGCCACUCCUUUCACACCAAGCCCCAUCAUGACCAAAGGGCUGGCCGACACGGUGUGGGCGGGUCGCACCCAGACGCUGAAGAACGGCGAGGUCACCUACUUCCUGGACGGAGCUCACACCAGGCGCAGCAUGCAGGCCUGCGUGAGCUGGUUCCAGGAGGCAGCGGUGCGCUGCGAGAGGAACGCAAGUGGCCCCGUUGCGAGAGUGUUGGUGUUCAACGUCACAGGAGGGAGAGACCCAGCCGCCAUGCUAAACUUGGUGCCAUGUCAAUUUGACUUUGCCGUGUUCUGCCCGAAUAUCACUGAAGCCAACGCAUCCUGCAACCCAGACCAGCAGGACCUCGACGCGUCGGUGGAGAACAUGCUGAGUGGUUGCCGGGACAACGAGAGGAGCUGGCAGCGGCUCCAAGGCGCCGGGGAGUCUCCGCCCCCCGACCGGGACACUGGCCCGGGCGCGCUGGUCUUCCCCUGCAUCCUCAGCGCCCUGCAGUGGGCCGCUCAGGGCCGGGACCCCGUCCUCCUGUCCCGGGACGCGGACAAGCGCGAGGCGCCGGUGAAGCCCAGCCUCGCCGCCAAGGCCGCGCUCCUGCGGGAGGUGAGGGAGAUCCACGUCCUGGUGACAGGGAGCCUGUACCUGGUGGGCGGGGCGCUGAAACACCUGGACCCCUCGUCCUGCUCCAAGUAGAUGCGGCCU